AUGGUGGCUGUGGACCAAAACCAGGGUCCGGGACCGAUCUCUGGGGUUGGUUCUCAGACCCUUCCCCCAAUUCGGGCGUGCCUAUUUGACAUGGACGGUCUCCUUAUUAACACCGAAGAUUUAUACACUCUUUGCGCCGACAUAGUCUUGACCAAGUACGGACGACCCCGUCUCCCCUGGUCUAUUAAGGCUCAGCUCAUGGGCGUCCCUGGCUCAUCCCACGGCGACACCUUUCACAGCUGGGCCCAGCUACCAAUAUCAAGAGAGCAGUUCAAAGAGGAACAGGCCGAACAACACCGGAUCCAUUUCCCCGAAUGCAAGCCUCUCCCCGGGGUAGAUAAACUUCUCAAGGAUCUCAGGAGCGCGAAGAAUACACAGGGGUUACCUGUUGAAAUUGCCCUUGCUACGAGUAGCCAUAGAGCGAACUAUGAGCUCAAGACUUCGCGGCCAGAAACGAAGGCUGUUCUAGAUCUAAUUCCGGAAAAACAUCGAGUCCUAGGAGACGAUCCUAGGAUCCAAAUCUUCGAAGACAGCGUCCUGGGUGUAGAGGCAGGGCGGAGGGCAGGCAUGAGGGCCGUAUGGGUUCCUCACCCCGGCCUCGUCGCCGAGUACAAGGGCAAGGAGAAAGAAGUGCUUGCCGGGAGAACAGCGUUAUAUCCGAUUGGCAAUGACGAGCAGCUCGGCGCGAUCGACGAUGGCCGGGCUGAACAGCUCGCCAGCCUGGAAAACUUCCCUUAUGACAAGUUUGGUAUUGUUGUUCCCCAGAACACGAAUCAUUCAACCAUGGGUAGUAGAACAUACUACGAGGCUAGCACUUUACUGAUUUAUCCAUCGCAAGAAAACACUCGAUCAAUAAUAGAGGAAUUUAGUCAAAAUCCCAAAUACUCACUUGACUUAUACAUACAUACACACAACCAUGGCUCCGCCGGUCUCCGGAUUCAAGCUCAACAGCAACAACAUCCCGAGCUUCGAGGACCUCCCCCUACGGCAAACAGACCCGCACUACUCAGCAUGGGGUUUAUACGUGACAAAGACGAGCUAGGAACACUCAACCGACUAACAGACUCAAGGGUAGCCGCCGCAGCCAAGGAUGAGAUCAAAACAGGUCGCAGAAUCUCCCUAAACUGGCCGCUCAACGCGCAGCCCCAAAAAUCCUUCUUCUCACGCCACAUAUUCACGCAAUCCCUCAUCCGCAAGUCCCCGCGCGUCGUCAACGACGACGUCUGGACCUUCAACUCCCAGGUAUCCACGCAGUGGGACGGCCUGCGCCACUAUGCCUACCAGCGCGAGGCGCGGUUCUAUAACGGCGUGACUAUGGAGGAUAUACACGACGUUGGCGAGGAUGGUAGUGGGAAGACUACGGUUAAUGGGAUACACGCAUGGGCCGAACAGGGUAUCGUAGGCCGCGGUGUCUUAGUCGACUACCACAGCUGGCGGCUCGCGCAACCUGCUGCUGACCUUAAGCCCUACGACCCAUUUAAGAGCGAUGCGAUCCCGCUUGAGGAUCUACAGGCGUGCCUAGCUGCGCAAGGGACUGAGGUUAAAUUCGGUGAUAUCUUGUUCAUCCGCUCAGGCGCGUAUUUCCCCUUUCCUAUCCUCUUUACUUCAACCUCUAGCCCCUUACCUUUAUUUCAGAUAGGCUUCACAGCAACCUACACCCAGAAAACCGCCGACGAGCUCAGCGUCUACCAAGCCGUAGUCCCGCACCACUUCGGCGGCGUCGAGCGGUCGGAAGCUAUGUUGCGCUGGAUCUGGGAGCACUUCUCUGCCGUAGCAGGAGAUCAACCUUCUUUUGAAAGCUGGCCCGCACCCCCCGACUCCCCACACAUCCUGCACGAAGUCCUUCUUUCUGGUUGGGGAUGCCCGAUCGGUGAACUUUUUGACCUUGAGAAGCUUGCUAGAUACUGCGAGGCGCAGAAGCGCUGGUCUUUCUUCGUCGUCAGCGAGCCGUGUAAUGUCCCCGGCGGCGUCGCUAGUCCGCCCAAUAUACUCGCUAUUUUCUAG